UUAUUUGCCUGGCACUAUAUAGUAACCAUUGCAUUACAAAACUCGGGAUUGCGUUGAAGUGUAGCCAACAUUGGAGUAAGAAAAACGUGUUAUACUGUUAUCUGUUACACGGUUUUGACAGCCCGUUGAUCGCAGAAAAUAAGAUAGACAUUCUGGAGUCUGUUCGUUGGAAAUAUACGUCCGUGGAUUUCCUAUUUUGCUGACAGGAUGUCAUUGUACAGGAACGCUGUGUGGUUUCUGAAAGGAUGGCAGGAAUACACGAAAGGGGGAUACCAAACAGCGGCACAGAAGUUUACAUCACAGGACUUGGAUGUUGACUGUUCUGGAAAAGUUUUUAUGAUAACAGGAGCCAACAGUGGAAUAGGCAAAUGUGUGACAUUAGAAAUAGCAAAAAGAGGUGGAACUGUGCACAUGGUUUGCAGAAAUUCGGAGAGUGCAGAUGCAGUUAAGGAUGAGAUUGUGAAAACAACUCAAAAUGAGAACAUCCACACUCAUAAAUUGGAUUUAUCUCAGCCAAGAAGUGUCUACAAAUUUGCGACGAACUUUAAGGAAACUCAAGAGAGACUUGAUGUUUUGAUCAACAAUGCAGGUUGUAUGGUAAAUAAAAGGGAAACUGAUGAAGAUGGCCUUGAAAAAAAUUUCGCUACCAAUACAUUGGGCACACACAUUCUUACAAGGGUGUUGCUACCAUUGCUUAAAAAGACUGAAAAAUCAAGAGUUGUUACUGUGUCUUCUGGAGGCCUGUUGGUACAGAAACUGAACCCUGAUGAUCUUCAGUUUGAAAAGAUGUCACCUUUUGAUGGAACUAUGGCAUAUGCACAGAACAAAAGACAACAGGUUGUGAUGACUGAGUACUUUGCCCAUGAAAAUCCAGAAGUAUUUUUUGCAACAAUGCAUCCAGGAUGGGCUGAUACACCUGCUGUUCGUUCUUCAAUGCCAGAUUUUUACAACAAGAUGAAAGACCGUUUGCGUACUGCAGAGCAAGGUGCUGACACUGUAGUUUGGUUGGCAAUUUCUGAAGCAGCCAUUAAACAUCCAAGUGGACUAUUCUUCCAAGAUCGAACACCUGUACCAACUCAUUUGCCCUUGGCCUGGACAAAGACAUCAAAAGAAGAAGAAGAAAAGUUCAUGAAGCAGCUUGAGGAAUUGCUUGAGAAAUUUAGAAGUUAAUCAGUAUUUGAAAAUAUGAGAUGCUGAUUAGCACACAUGUGAGUGAUACGAUGCACUCUUACAUGUUUCCUGUGAGAAUAUCUUAACUUUAAAGAAAGUGUUUAACUGGUUGAGUAACUGAAAGACCUGAAUGUUUGUAUACACAAAAUGUAUAAGAUUUUGUAAGACAACUAACGGCAUUGUUAAUAAUUUCAACAAGAUUUGUGUGUAGGCACAAAAUUUUGUAUAUUCUACUUUUUAAGCGUAACAGUAACACCAGUCCGUUGCCUUGUCACCAUGUAUUGUGACUUCUAGUUAUAGGAAAUAUUGAUCCAUGUUUUAUUGUGACAUGAAACCUGUGAAGAGUAUAGCAGUGUUUGUUAUUUUAUUUUUUAUGAAAGAGAGAGCCUAAUUUAAGCAUUUAUUCGCUUGUAAAUGUGUCAUUUGUUGUUGGAAAAAAUCAUGUUUUAUGUAUGCAAUAUAGUUAAUAAAUUGAGAACACAGGGCUUUUAUUUCAUGGCAUGCCCUAACUUUGGACUAGUUGUCAUAAUGCUACCACAAAUAUAACAACAGUCUCAAAAGUGAAG